AAGCAGAAUGAGUUUUCCAUUCCACACACUAUAUAAACUAAUCUCCGCCUAAAUCCUCAUGCACUGCACUGCAACUGCAACUACAACUGCAAUCUUCUUCAGAAAAGACAGAAGAAGAAAAUGAAGAACCUCCUCAUUCUGGCCUCCCUCACUCUCACUCUUUCAGUAAUCUCCCCUUUCCCUUUCGCCCUCCCUAAUUUCCUCCUCCUCUCUCUCCUCGCCCUCUCUCUCAACUUCUGGCUCAUCCCGGGCGGCUUUGCAUGGCGGAGCCACCACCGGCUCCUCCCGGGCCCCGCCGGCUGGCCCAUUCUCGGAACCCUGCCCCAAAUGGGCCCACUAGCCCACCGUAAUCUCGCCGCCAUUGCCCACUCCUUGAAAGCCACCCGCCUCAUGUCCUUCAGUCUGGGCGCCAACAGGGCCGUCAUAAGCAGCCAUCCCGAGACCGCCAAGGAAAUCCUAUGUGGGCCGGCCUUCUCCGACCGGCCCAUUAAGCAGUCGGCUCGGCUCCUCAUGUUCGAGCGCGCCAUCGGGUUCGCCCCCAAUGGCACGUACUGGCGCCACCUCCGCCGGAUCGCCGCCCAGCACAUGUUCUCCCCGAGGAGAAUCUCGGACCUUGAGGGGCUCCGGCGGAAUGUGGCGGAUGAAAUGGCGGCGGAGGUGGGAAUGGCGGCGGAGGGGGUGGUGCGGCUGAGGGAGGUGCUGCAGAAGCAUUCUCUGAGGAACAUAAUAGAGAGCGUGUUUGGGAGUGGUCUGGAAAUGGGGACGAAGGAGGAGCUGAGUGAUAUCGUGAGGGAAGGGUAUGAGUUGAUAGCGGAGUUCAAUUGGGAAGAUUAUUUUCCGUUGAGGUUUUUGGAUUUUGGUGGAGUGAAGAGGAAGUGCCAUGAAUUGGGGAGGAGGGUUAAUGUGGUAGUUGGUCGAAUCGUUGAGCAAAGAAAAACACAACCAAAUGCUCAGUCUCACUCUCACUUCAAUAAUGACUUCCUUGCUUCUUUGCUGACUUUGCCAAAGGAGGAUCGGUUGAGUGAUUCAGAUAUGGUCGCUGUUUUAUGGGAAAUGAUAUUUCGUGGGACCGACACAGUUGCAAUACUUAUAGAAUGGAUCAUGGCCAGAAUGAUAUUACACCCCGAAAUCCAAGCCAAAGCUCAAAAGGAGCUGGACACGUGCGUGGGGUGCAACAAGCACGUGCGUGAUUCAGACAUUCCCAACCUCCGUUACCUCCAAGCCAUCGUGAAGGAAGUUCUGCGCAUGCACCCUCCAGGCCCAUUACUGUCGUGGGCCCGCUUGGCCAUCGACGACGUCCACGUGGACAAGGUCUUAAUCCCAGCUGGCACGACAGCAAUGGUGAACAUGUGGGCCAUAGCCCACGACCCGUCCAUCUGGGAAGACCCAUGGGCAUUUCGACCCGAACGGUUCAUGGAAGAGGAGGUGUCAGUAAUGGGGUCAGAUCUAAGGCUGGCGCCGUUCGGGGCGGGGCGAAGGGUGUGUCCAGGAAAGGCCUUGGGUUUGGCGACGGUGCAGCUGUGGGUGGCCAGCCUUCUUCAGGAGUUCAUAUGGCUUCCAUCUUCUUCAAACUCUGUUAAUUUGUCGGAAUGUCUGAAGCUAUCCCUCGAAAUGAAGGAACCCUUGAAUUGUCGAGUGGUAAGCCGGUAAAUUCCAGUCAAAGAAGUUUCGGGUGACGUGGCAAUUCAAGAUGAGGAGACAAAAAAAAAAAAAAGGUAGAGUCUAUAUAUUUGUAUUUGUAGCUAUGGAUCAAUGGAAGCCUCAUGGAAGGUAGAUUAUCAAUGUAAAUUAGUUAAUAACCGUGUGUUAAAAAUAAGGAAGAAGGCCCACCGAGUUGUGAAGUUGUGAUCAUAAAUGUUAUUACCCAAAUUACGAAAUAGCCCCCUUUCCUACACAUACAUGUAUGGUUGUUGAUUUUAUUAUGUAAUUUACCAGUAAUUACUAAAGCCCAUAUUCAACUU